AUGGAGAACCCGCACGAGCAAGUUCAGAAUGCAUUAUUAUCUCGUAUAAUCAACAAUAUUGAAAAUCUCAAUGAAUCCAUAGUGACAAUGAAUAAAUCGCUUCAAGAGUUGAAUAGAGAAAACAUGAACAGCGAGUUAUUGUCGCAAAUGUGGGAAAACUAUUCCAAGAACUCUCAAUUCAACCUUGAGACAACCGGUCAAGUGCAAGAACCAAUGUGA